GGCGGCAGUAUUGAAAAGUUUUAUGUUGUUUUUGUCCCAGUUUGUAAUCCAGUUUUAGGAUGACUGGAGUUAUUUCUAAACAAAAUUGGUCUCAAAUGUACCUUUUUGCUUAAGUAGUUUAGGCCGUGGUAUAGAAGAGAUUUUUUUCUGACGAGCCUGGACUACAAAAUCAAACCAUUUUCAACCGGGGGAUGCCUAAGCUCUAGUUUACAUUGGGAAAGUGCCACCAUUUGUGGCUGAAGCAGGCAAACUGAUGUCAUCAAGCUGGGAGACCGCGUCCGAUUUCUCAGCUCUAUAAGCAUGAAGAGCAUUCGCAUAUAGACAUGGAGGAUGAUGUUAAGAAAGUAAAAAAGCCUGGUCGCCCGUCUCCAUUCAAGCGUGUCUUCCUGAAGGGGGAGAAAGGGAGGGACAAAAAGGCCCAGGAGAAGUCGUCGGAGCGUCGGGCCCUGCACACCUUCUCCCUGUCUCUACCUGACCACCGCAUCGACCCUGACAUCCUGCUCAAUGAUUACAUUGAGAAAGAAGUCAAGUAUCUGGGGCAGCUGACGUCGGUCCCUGGGUAUCUGAAUCCUUCCAGUCGCACAGACGUGCUGCAGCUCAUAGACAAUGCCAGGAAGUCACACCAGUUGGCAGGCCAUCUGACUUCUGAACAGGAUGCGGUGGUGAGCCUGUCUGCGUACAACGUGAAGCUGAUGCGGCGCGAUGGAGAGGACAUCAUCCUGCGCGUGCCCAUCCACGACAUCGCUGCCGUCUCCUACAUCAGGGACGACUCCCUGCACCUUGUGGUGCUCAAGACUGCCCAGGACGCUAGCGGUUCCCCCUGUCCCAGCACGUGCCCGGAGCUGUCCAAGUCCCCCACGCUGAGUUCGCUGUCGGAGAGCGGGGCUGUACUGGUGGAAGCCUGCUCACUGCUUGUACUCGCUGUAGACAACAAGGCAGCUGCUGAAGAAUUGUGCCUGCUCCUCAGUCAGGUCUUCCAGAUUGUCUACACCGAGUCCACCAUUGACUUCCUGGACAGGGCCAUUUUUGACGGAGCAACCACUCCCACCCGACACCAUUCCCUCUACAGCGAUGAUUCUGGAAAGGAUGUCAAGGAGGCCUUCGAGGCAGAAGCCAGUACCUUUUCAUUUCAGAGUUCUCUGGAGGCGGGCGGACACUCACCAUGCCCCUCCCCAUCCUCUACACCGGCGUCGCCACAGACCAAAACGGCCAGUGACAGCGAGCUUAGCACCACCGCCACAGAGCUCCUACAAGACUACAUGACUACGCUGAGGACGAAGCUCUCCUCACAGGAGAUCCAGCAGUUUGCCACUUUGCUGCACGAGUAUCGCAACGGCGCCUCGAUCCACGAGUUCUGCAUUAACCUCAGGCAGCUGUACGGAGACAGCAGAAAGUUCCUCCUCCUUGGCCUGCGUCCGUUCAUCCCCGAGAAGGACAGCCAGCACUUUGAGAACUUCCUGGAGACCAUCGGUGUGAAGGACGGCCGCGGCAUCAUCACCGACAGCUUCGGACGCUAUCGCCGCACGGCCAGCUCGGCCUCCGACUCCACCACCAAUGGCAACGGGGCCGCGGGCGGCUCAGACGAGGGGCCAGUGCCCUCUGAGGGCGACGAGUGGGACCGCAUGAUCUCAGACAUCAGCAACGACAUCGAGGCGCUCGGCUGUCAUAUGGACCAGGACGGGACGGGGCCCUAAAGGAACGUUCCGGAAAGGGAACAACGGGACCACAGGGGGUGGGUAAUACAUACACACACACACACACACACUGGGUGGCAGUAACCCUACAAUCUUUACCGACCCAGUGAUCGUGCGCCCCACCCCCUCCAACCUCUGUCCAAUCACAACCAUGCUGGAGCUCGUACUGUGUGGUGGAGAUGCUGUCCUGUGGCAGGUUGGUCUUGGCUGGCUCGCCAGGUUUUUGUUGUUGUUGUUAAGCUCAGGCCACCACACACAGCAUCUCUACCGAAUUUGCUGUCAUUCAAAUUGGAUGACCCCCAUGUCUGUUGAAGAACCUUGUCUACUAUAGUGAGGAUGGCCCUUACAACUCCUCACUUAUGUUUAUUGGCAGUAUCUGCUAGCGGGCCAGGACCUUGUUUCCCUGAUCAUUUUUACCCUCAAGAAGUCAAAACCUUUUCUGUAGCCAUGUAACACAGUGUUAUGAAUGAAGUUGUAAUGUGAUUUUUAUUGUUCAUUUCACAGUGUAUCUAUGUUAGUGAGGAAGAAAAAAGUUUAUUUUUAUCCAUUUUAUUUUGUAUUUUAACCGUGUGUAUUUUGCUUUUAUUUUUUGUUUUAACAUUAUGUUUGAAGGGAAACUCAAGGUUAACAACAAUCAAGGGUCUAUUUUAGGAUGAUUAGGACUAGGAGUAUAAAUAUUUGAAACCAAAAUAACAUCUAUCACUGUAGUUUUGAGUAAGACCAGAAUAUACAUUUACAACUGAAUAGCAUAUAGCAUUACCAUGGGAUUACCAAUCCAGAGUUCUCGCGAGAGCACAAUGGAAUUGUCUCUGCGAGACACUCUGGCAAUGAGCAAUGAUGCACGUUACUUUUACCCCUUGCAUCCCGUGGAACCAAUCAAAUCGGCGUAUCUG